AUGAACUUAGCUCUAAUCGACGCGAAGUUCCGCAAAUUUUGCCUGGGCGGCAAGUUCCCAAUAAUCUCGACCGCUCUGGCGCUGUUCAGCAACAAAUCGUCCAAGAACCAAUCGCCAUCUCUGGACGUGAGCUUGAUCAGCCAAUCGCCGCUGCGUUGCGCCGCCACCUCCAACGUCAGCAAGUUCCUGUUCAGAAGCACCAGCUCGCUGGCGAUGACGAACUCCAUGGCGCUAGCCGCACCUUUUUCGCGAGCCAGGAAGGUCGCUACACCUGCUUUCGCGUUCGAUUCCCGUUUCGUCUUCUUGAGACCGCCUCCAACGCUGCCCCUCGUCGCCGAUGCCCCAGUCACAGUGGCGUGGUGCCCGCCUCCAAACGCCGCCCCUGCUAGUACUUCUCCGCCUACCGUCCAAUCGAUAAGAGGGUCAUACACGAAUGCCUCUAGAAGGAUGCCUGAAGAUGUAUGA